UAAAAGGCAUUACGGCCGGCAAAUAUCAUUGCUAUCCCGUUGACAAAGUUAUCACUGUGAUUUUUCUCAUCGGUCCAGAUUCGAUCUUCAGGAAUGAGAAUUCCUCGUAAUCUUGAGGUAUGGAGAUUGGGGACGGUGAAUUACCUGGAAGCGCUAAAAUUGCAAGAGAAGCUGGCUUCUGAUAGGAAAAUCGGUAAGAUAUCUGACACCCUUUUGUCACUACAACAUCCACCUACCUAUACACUUGGCAAGCGUCGAACGGACUACAAUUUACUCGUUCCUGAAUAUGAACUUAAGAAUAUGGGUGCUGAGCUUCACUAUACACAAAGGGGUGGUGAUAUUACAUUUCAUGGUCCACAUCAAGCGAUUUUAUAUCCUAUUGUCUCUUUAAGAGAUAUCGGGCUUGGUGCUAGAAAAUAUGUUGAAAAUCUUGAGUCAACUAUGAUUGAUUUAUCGUCUUUAUAUGGGGUCAAAGCUCAUGGUCAGAGGAAAUGCGAGACGGGAGUAUGGGUUGGGGAUGGAAAGAUUGGUGCAAUUGGAGUUCGGAUUUCAUCUGGGAUUACUUCUCACGGGUUGGCUUACAACAUUGACCCUGAUUUGUCUUACUUUAAACAUAUUGUGCCUUGUGGAAUUGCUGAUAAGGAGGUUACAUCGUUGAGGAAGGAAACUGAUGUGGAGCUUCCUGAUGAAGAAGUGAUUCAGGAAGAGUUGGUUUCAUGUUUUGUGAGAUUAUUUGGUUAUAGCAAUGUUGAUUGGAAGGACAAAACUUCAGUAGAUAUUGUUGGAUGGUGAAGUAUGGCAUGCAACAAUUUUUCGGUACUUUUGAAUGUAUUUUCUCAUUCUUGUAUAAACUAUUCACAGAUUCUUGAUAAAUAUCUCUGUUACACACA